UUCGAACCCCAGAUUUAGGUGUAGAAGCCUUUAAACCUUGACCACUAGACCACAGUGCUUCCGCAACUAAUUUUCAUAAAUCUGCUUAUAAAAAAAACAAAUCCGAGUAAAGUCAACAAUGGGCCCCGGAUCUAUGAGAGUAUCAUAUAGUUCUGCCUAUUUUUAAAUUUUCCCACCCACAUACAUAUUCUAAUGCUUUGAAGAAUAAAAUAAAAAAGUCAGAAAAUCAUCAGAAAUUUAACAUAAAUACAUUUUAAUUACACAACUAAGAGCUCUUCAAUCAUCUCAUUACUUGUUAUUAACAUGAGCUCUGACAACAGAGAUGAGGAUCAUUUCGACCGUUCGUUCUGGCAAAACUCGACUUCUUAUGAUAGCAGCAGCAAGAUCUUACUCGUCACCAUCGUUUCUUUCUCUAUCAUUAUCCUCAUCGCCUUUGUUUAUCAUCUAUACGCAAGAUUCGUUCUCUACCGCCGUAGACCCGCCUUCCAAGGCCUCUCCUUCUCUGUCGUGUCACAACCACCCAUACGUGGGCUCGACAAACUUGUCAUUGCUUCUCUCCCUACAUUUGUAGUUGGAGUCAACGGUGAUGACGUCUCGGCCGUGGAAUGUGCGGUGUGUCUAAGCUUUUUUGAGGAGAAAGAUACGGUGAGGAUGUUACCGAACUGCAAGCAUGUUUUCCACGUGACAUGCGUUGACACAUGGCUUGCCUCGUGCUCCACUUGUCCCAUUUGUCGUACUGAAGUCGAGCCGAGUCAAAGUCUUUUGCCUGAGCCAAGAGAAGGGCCUAACGUUGACGGUGCAUCGGCGUUGGAUUUUACGGCGGCUUCUUCAUCGGAUAACAAAAGGGGCGGGUCAACGUUCAGGAGGAACGAUCAUUCUCGCGUUGACCAAGAUCGUGUAUUGGACAUAGAAAGACAAUGAACCGAUUAGAUACACAUACCACGAUAGUUAAUCUUUAAUUCAUGUACAAUAGUACUCAUGUUCCCUUAUAAUUUUUAUUGUCUUACUAAACUAUUUUGUAAUGUGUAAAUCUUUUGUAUGAUACCGUAGGAAAUGCACAUUAGUACAAAGACAUUGUUGAUUAACAUGUGAAAAACAAGAAGAAAAUGUGUUGAACUUGUAAUACAUUUUCAAAGCGUGUCUACAUAGAAUUCUUCAAG